GGCAGGCAGGCAGGCAGUUAGUCAGUCGGUUGGUCGGUCGGCGGGUGAGUCAACGUCAGACAAAGCGUCUCUCUAAAGCGAACGCAGCCAGCUGACGGAUUCGGCUCCGGACUGUAGACCCCGGCGGAUCAGCCGUGCAGCAUCGCCGGGAUGGAGGCACGCGGCGACAGCAACCGGCCGACCACGAGAUCCGCGAUUGCGCCAGGCACCGCCAGCGUGUUCAACACCACGUGCGAGGAGGAUCAUCGCGGCGGUGGUGCCGCGAUCACGUGGAGCCGCUGCAAAGAGCUGCUGCUCGACUUUCACCUCAACUCCGACCGGAUAUUCUACCGAAUCGGACUCAGCAUAGCUACGAAGCCAUGGCUUUGGCUGAUAAUAUCGUUGUGUCUGAACGUCAUCUGCGGCUUCGGACUGCUGCUCUGGAGGGAGGAGAUCGACGAGGUCCAGCUGUACAUGCCGAUCGGUUCCGUGUUCCGCAAGGACGCCGCCUGGGUGAAGGAGCACUUCCGGGACGAUCUCAGGCACGAGAGUAUCAUCAUCACCGCCCCGAACGUGUUGGAUCCCGAAGUACUGCGAUCGAUCAAAGAUAUCGAAAGAGACGUGAAGAGCAUUGUGGUGCACAAUAACACUUGGGAAGACGUGUGCGCUGGGCACUUCACAUGGUUCCAACAGGACGCCACGUGGGAAACCAUGGACAAGAGCGAGUUUCCCGUGGAGUAUCUGGAGUUUAUAAACGCCACGAUGUCGAAGGAUGCGUGUAUUUAUAAGUCGCUUCUGAAGCUGUGGCAGAAGGACGGAAUGAAGGAUAUCGACCAGCUGACGACGAAAGAAAUACUGUGGAAUGUAACUGUAGCUAUGAGGAACAAACACACGAAAGACAUCCUGUCGGACGUCGCGCCGCUGUUGGCUGACGUCGAGUACGACGAGAACGGCUGGGUGAAGGGCGCGCGGGCGACGAUCAUGUACUGGUUGCUGAAGAAGUCGAAUCCGUACUCGCCGGACUGGGAGGUGGAGUUCAUCAAACGAGUGCUGCACUCGAAUCGGACUCUGCCGCCCGGGAUGGAGAUCUACGCGGUGACGUUGCGCAGCUACGACGACAUGCUGCACCAGGUGAUCAACAACAACAUGACCGUGCUGUUCUGCGGCAUGUCGCUGAUCACGAUCUACGUGAUCGUGAUGAUCGGCCGGUGCAACGCGAUGCAGCAGCGGAUCUACCUGUCACUCAUGGGCAUCUCCGUGGUCGGUCAGGCCCUACUAUCGUCCUACGGUCUGUGCUACUACAUGGGAUUCUUUUACGGCCCGGUGCACCCGAUUCUGCCAUUCCUGCUGCUCGGCAUCGGCGUCGACGACAUGUUCGUCAUCAUGCAGAGCCUCGAGACGAUGUCGGCGGAGGACAAGUCUUCGGACAUAGCCGUGCGCAUCGCGAAAGCCAUUCAAGUGUCAGGUAUGUCCAUCACCGUGACGUCUUUCACCAACAUGGUGGCCUUCGGCAUCGGCAUGACCACGGUGAUGCCGUUCCUCAAGUCCUUCUGCAUGUUCGCGGCCACGGGUAUACUGUUCCUCUAUGUCUACGAGAUCAUGUUCUUCGUCAGCUGCCUGGUGUACGACGAGAGGAGGCUGGCCGCGAAGAAGGACGGCUGCUGCUUCCGGCCGCAGCGGCCCGACUGGCGGGCGAACGAGUGCAGCAGACGGGACUUUCAGCGCAUCAUGUUCGAGAAGUACGUCGGGCCGUGCGUGACGAGGACGUGGGUGAAGACGAUCGUUUUGCUGGUCACCGCCGCUCUGCUGUGCGUCAACAUAUGGGCGAUCUUCCAGGUGGAGCAGAGUUUCGAUCCGUUCAUGUACUUAAACCAGGAAUCCUACCCGAUUCGAUUCAACAACAAGCUGAAGGAGCACUUCAACAUCGGUAAGCACGUCAACAUCUACCUGACCGGCGUGGACUACUACGAGGACCGUCAGACGCUGUUUCAGCUGGUGGACGCUCUCAAGCGCAACCCGUACGUGAACAAUCGUACCCUCAACCCGUGGUUCGUCGCGUACGAGAAAUGGCUGAACAAUUCCGGUAAAGCAAGUUAUAUCGAAGACAAAGACGAAUAUUACAAUGUGCUCACGGAAUAUCUGCUACUAACUAUGGAGGGCCAAACGUACAUCCAGAACAUUAAAUUUGACAAACUUCCAUUCAACGACUACAACAUCACGACGUCGCAGAUUCCAAUGCAGCACAUUCCUCUGAGCACGACAUCCGAUCAGAUACGAGCCAUGCAGUCGGUCCGUGACGCCGUGAUGUCGUUGAACUUCAGCCGGGGGCACGACUACAUCGCGAUUCACUCGUUAGACUAUGUGACGUGGGCGUCAAACAAGAUCAUCGGCGAGGAGUUAAUCAGAAACCUGAGCCUAGAGAUCGUAGCAGUCGGCAUAGUGACACUCGUGCUGCUGAGGAAUUUACGCGCCUCCUUCUGGGUGAUGUGCUGCGUGUUGUUCACGCUCGUCGACCUCCUGGGCUCAAUGUACUUCAUGGGCCUGACCAUCGAUAUCUCAUCGACUAUCAUGGUCUUGCUGUGUGCCGGGCUGGCGGUCGACUACGCCGCGCACAUCGGCUUGGAGUUCAUACGCUCGAGCGGCACUAAACAAGAACGAGCAGUGACGACGCUUAGUAUCAUCGGGCCAGCCGUUCUCAACGGUGGCUUAAGCACGUUUCUCGCCUUCGUGCUGCUGGGCUUCAGUCAGGCUUACGUCUUCAAGACUUUCUUCAGACUGUUCUCGUCUGUGGUGUUGUUCGGCUUGUUUCACGGAUUGCUAUUCUUGCCGGUAAUAUUGAGUUUAGCAGGGCCUGGUGAGAGAAAGCAGAACGGGCCGGAGAAGGAUCAGAGUAUGCAAUAUCACAACGGCUACUAUACCGUCCGUUUGUCCCAGAAUGGGAAAGGUAAUAUGUUCAGAACUGUAAGAUCUUCUUAGCAGAAUUUUCCCUCCACUUAUUUUAUCUUCUUAUCCUUCUUGUUUUCUCAUUACCUUCUUGGCAAAGUUUCAAUAAAGUUCCAAUAAAGUUCCAUGUUCAAGGCGCUCUAUUGACGAAAUGUUCUUUUUUAAUUUGCAGAUACAGAAGACACGCUUGCUAAAUGACAUUUAGCAAUACUCGAAGAGGCUGCUUAGGUAAAAAUAUUCCUGUAGGUAAUUCUAGCGUCAGAAGUUGUAUGACUGUGAAAAGUAUGCGUGCGUAUUAUGUUACAAUAACAUAUGCGCCUGUCUCUCUAUUUCCCGCCCCGCGUCUUUCCACUCUUUUAUAAAAAGAAAUUGCUAAGUAAAGAUAUUGUUUGUACAAAA